ACGACAAAAGAUGAUGAAGGCUUCACUUCCUGUUUCAGCUGUUAUCAUAGUUUUUGUAUUACAUGUAUCUACAUGCUCACAUGCUACUCUUCCCGCCAUUGGAUUCAGUGCUAAGCUUUCUAAAAAUGUCCAAUUAGGAGAAAAACAAGCAGUUAAAUACGACAAAGUGAUAACCAAUCAGGGUGACGGAUACAACAGAUGGACGGGACAUUUUACAGCGCCUCGUAAAGGAUUGUACCUGUUCUCCUGUACCAUAAUGGCUUUGCGUAACCAUCACAUACACAUUGAAAUAAUAAAGAAUGGAAGACGUAUAUCAACCUUAUUUUCCAGUACAACUGACCAGAGUUCACAGACUGUUGUCCUAGUUUUACGUAAGGGAGAUAAUGUGUGGACGAGACAAGCUUGGAAUGGAAGACAUCUGCAUGACCACGUAGGGUACAACAUGUUCACAGGAGUUCUGAUAUCAGAAAUUGUCUAAUGGUUUUAUCAGUAGGAGAUUAUCUCCUGCUUGUGUACGGAAUCAUGUCAUUUGAAA